GGUGGUCGUAUACAGGGAUAUGUAUGUGGGAAAGAAACGAUUUCUGCAUAAGAAUGGUAGUGAGCUCCAACGUGUGGCCCUGUUGCAGAACUACAAGUACUCUCAGCAUGAAACUGUCAGGGAAUGCUGGGAGUUGUGGUUCUGCAACAGCGGCUGUCAGGGAAUGGUAGGAGUUGUGGUUUUGCAACAGCUGGAGAUCAGGUUUUGCUUUUCUACAAUGGAACUUUUGGGUGUUUUAGAACCAGAAGAUGUACCUAAAGAAUCUAUGUGGUAUGCCUUCGCUCCUGGCGGAGAAUCUCCAAGUCCACGUGUUGGUCAUACGUGUCUAUAUGUAUCUGAUGCGCAAGGAAAGGGAAAAGUGGUCAUUGUUGGAGGGGCAGAUCCUGGGAGUUGCUUCUCUGAUGCACACAUCAUAAAUCUAGACACUUAUGAGUGGAAUAACCCUGACUGGAAGGAUCUGUUAGCACGCUAUGAGCAUGCAUGCUUUACAUCUAGCAGUGAUCCUACUAGAAUAUGGGUGUUUGGUGGAGCUGAGCAGGCAGAGAACAGAAACAGUAUUCAAGUAAUAAACCCAGAAAAUUGCUCUUGGAAGAAGCUGACCGUAGAAGGAUCUUGCCCUUCCCCACGGACAUUUCAUACAUCUUCUUCUGCCAUUGGGGACAAAUUCUUUGUUUUCGGAGGUGGAGAGAAAGGUGCUGAACCUGUUGCAGACAACAAGCUCCAUGUGUUUGAUACAACCAGCCUGACAUGGACACAGCCAGUGACAUCUGGUGAUCCUCCUAAGCCCCGUCAUGGACAUAUAAUUACCGCUGUAGGAACUAAGCUAUUCAUUCAUGGUGGGAUGGCAGGCAGCUCAUUUUUUACUGAUAUGUUCUACAUUGACACAGAUACUAUGAAGUGGGUGCAGGUGAAGACGAAGGGAGAUUUGCCCCCUGCUUGUGCGGCUCAUUCUGCAGUUUCUUGGAAGAAAUUUAUUUAUAUAUUUGGUGGGGUAACUGAAACUGGGCCUCUAAGCACGAUGUACAGAUUUGAUACAGAGGAACAGAUUUGGGCAAAGAUGAAGUUUGACUCUCCUAGUCCCCUGCCACGGUUAGAUCAUUCUAUGUGUGUUGUUCCUUGGAAAAUAAGGACUGACACUUCUGCUGAGGACCAUGACUUAGGGGAGGCUAUUCCAAUCUGCCUUAUUUUUGGUGGUAUGGAUACUUCCGGUGAGCUGUUCAAUGACUGCUAUGUAACUGCACUACAAGAGUAAGCGUGUAAGAAAUGUAAGAUCAGGUUUUCACAUCAAAUCAGCAUUUAGGUUCCAAUUUUCUCUACAAAUCAUGGACGAUCUAAUAAGGAUUUGCAGUGCAUGUAUGAAAUGCAGUAAGUGUACAAUAAAGAUUGU